GGCGGACGGCGGACCCCGGGACGAGGUUUACGCUCCGGCCCCCCACCCCGUCCCCGACCUGAGACCCGCCGUCGUUGCCGCCAUGACUGGGCUAGUGCUGCUCUACUCCGGGGUCUUCGUGGCCUUCUGGGCCUGCCUGCUCGUCGUGGGAAUCUGCUACACCAUUUUUGACUUGGGCUUCCGCUUUGAUGUGGCAUGGUUCCUGACAGAGACUUCCCCCUUCAUGUGGUCAAACCUGGGCAUUGGCCUAGCUAUCUCUCUGUCUGUGGUUGGGGCAGCAUGGGGCAUCUAUAUCACUGGCUCUUCCAUCAUUGGGGGAGGGGUGAAGGCCCCCAGGAUUAAGACCAAGAAUCUGGUCAGCAUCAUCUUCUGUGAGGCUGUGGCCAUCUAUGGCAUCAUCAUGGCGAUUGUCAUUAGCAACAUGGCUGAGCCUUUCAGUGCUACUGACCCCAAGGCCAUUGGCCAUCGAAACUACCAUGCAGGUUACUCCAUGUUUGGGGCUGGCCUCACAGUGGGCCUGUCUAACCUCUUCUGUGGAGUGUGCGUGGGCAUCGUGGGCAGUGGCGCCGCCUUGGCUGAUGCACAGAACCCCAGCCUCUUUGUAAAGAUUCUCAUUGUGGAGAUCUUUGGCAGUGCCAUCGGCCUCUUUGGGGUCAUCGUUGCGAUCCUUCAGACCUCCAGAGUGAAGAUGGGUGAUUAGACGAUCUGUGUGGGUGGGGCCGUGCCCCACUCUUAUUUAUUUGUGGUUUUCCUGGGACAGCUGGAGCUGUGCCCCUUAGGCUUUCAGGGGGCUUGGGGUUCAGGGCCCUCCCUGCACUCACUUCUGCUGCCUGUCGACUUGGAGGCACUGCCUGGCUGGAUCCGCAGUGUGGGGAGUGGGCUGCUGUUGACUGUGUGUAGCUUGGCACCCGUGUCCCACCUCCACCUCCAACCCAUCUUCCCAGUGUUUGUGAAAUAAACAUGGUAUUUGUCUGGGUCA